UUUCAAAACUUCGUGCAUCAACUGUCUCAUCGACAAUUCUUGCGAAAAAAACCAAUCAACUAUGAAUAAUAAGGAUCUGACAUCAUAUUUGUGUAAACUUACUGGUUAUACACUAUCCACUAUUCUAUAUGUACGAAAUUUUUUCAAUGAAAAUUCAUAUUCACCAUUAGAUUUUGGCCCAAUACGAUUACGAAUUCUGAAAGAUGGUUCAAAUGAAGCGGUGAAAAAUUUGAUAAACUACAUGAAAAAUUGUUUUCGGCCAUUGAAAUAUUGUUAUCUGAAAACAUUAGUGAUGGAAAUCCAUGAUUCAUUCAAUGUGAUUGAAAGUUAUGAUCUUACUUAUGAUUAUUCAAUUCAACUAAAUGAAGAUCCACAACAAUUUCUUCGGAAAAACGAUAUCGAUUUAAUGUUGAAUUUAAUCGAAACACUUGAACAAAUGAAAUCCAUUCCAAAAAAUAGACAUUACAAUGUUGUAUUCAAAUUAUACUACAAUGAUAUUGUACCAAUUGAUUAUGAACCACCUGGAUUCGUACCAUAUAAAUCCAACAGUAGCAAUUGCAGCAGAAAUUUGAAUAUUUACAACCAUGUUACUACUCAUGAACAAUCAUUUUCAAUUCAAAUUAAAUCCAAUGAAGAAAAUUUAAAAUCAUCUGAUGAUCAUGAGAAUGACAGUAGCCAAAUUUCAAACAAGCGAUCACAACAAUUGUAUGGCAACAAAUGAUGAAUCUCAUUGGUGAAUAGAAUCACACACACAUUCAUAAACACUGCCUAUCACGUGAUAUUAGUGUCACGUUUUUUUUUCAAUUUCAUAUAAAAUGUUUAUUCUUAUUCCAA